UGAAAUAAGUAUAUUAUGCCUAUGCUUGAGUCCACUUUAUAUUCAUUAUUUUAUCAUCGGUGAUUCGUUAAAUCAAUAGAAUUAAGAAGAAGUUCAGUUGUUGCGUUUUGAGUACACUAUACUGAUCGCGAUUUUUUCUCAUUCGAUUUUUUCCUGGAAAUAUCGGUUUUGUAAGUGCAAACGAUCUACUACAUCUAUAAGUAGAUUUAGAGAGAUAGUAUGAACUGUAUCCUACAUAGUAAACAGGCAUACCUACCUAGAUAUCAACAUACAAGUGAAAUGAACACGUAAAGAUUUUUUCCAAGCACCAAAACGAAAAAAUGAUCAUGUUUGGGCACAAAUCGUUCAAUUUUAUAAUAUUCGCUUUUUUUGUAAAUUUGACUAAUGGAAUCCUAUUAAAAACAAAACAAGGAAUUCUGAAAGGUGAAGUUUCUAAGAGUAGAUCAGGUAGAACAUUUUACUCCUUUUAUGGCAUCCCAUAUGCAGAGCCUCCUGUGGGGAAGUUACGGUUCCAGAAUCCGAUCCUCGCUCAACCAUGGGAAGGUAUAAGAGAUGCUACUGUUUUACCACCUUCUUGCAUUUAUCAUUACUUUGAAGCAGGCGUUAUUGGCCAAGAAGAUUGCCUUUAUUUGAAUGUUUAUACCCCAAAAAUUACAAAUGAAACUUUGCUACCCGUAAUGGUACUCACAUUUGGUGGUCGUUUUAUGUAUGGAGAUGCUCUACCUCAUAGAUAUGGACCCCAUUACUUAAUGGACAGAGACGUUAUUCUGAUCACGUUUCAUUACAGAUUAGGAAUUCUAGGAUUUCUUAGCACUGAAGAUGAAACAUUACCGGGGAAUUACGGUCUGAAAGACGGAGUCGCUGUGCUACAAUGGGUACAAAAGUACAUCGCUGAUUUUGGAGGAGAUAAGGAUAGAGUGACAAUAUUCGGAGGUAGUUCUGGGGGUAUGACAACUUCGUUGACGUUACUUUCUCCUCUUGCAAAAGGUUUAUUUCAUCGUGUUAUUUCUCAAAGUGGGGACCCUUUCAGUUUCGACCUAUGCUAUCAGGGAAGAUUGGCUGCUUGGAAACUUGGUUCUAUGGUUGAUUGUACUGGAGACGAUGUUAAAACUUCGGAUGAUUUAGUGAAGUGUCUGAAAAGCAUUCCAGCUAAAGAAUUAGCUUCUCAUAACAAUGAUUUCUUCACCCAUGGAAUUAUGAUACCAUCGAUGCCAUGGAGCCCGAUAAUAGAAAGUGAAAACGUUCCUGGAGCUUUUCUAGUCGACGAUCCUACAAAUUUAAUCCAAAGAAAUUCAGACAUUCCUUGGAUGAUGGGAAUGAAUUCUGAUGAAGGAGGCAUGAUGGCCUUAUUUCAGUAUUUUCGCCCGGAUUGCACAGCUUUAUUGGAUGAAUUGAAUGAAAAUUACAAAGAGCUAUUUCCUUUAAUAUUCGGAUAUGGGUGUCACGUUAAAGAUCCUGAGCGACUGGACUUCAUAACAGAAACAUACAAAAAACAUUAUUUUGGUGAAAACAACAUCUCCCAAGACGCCUAUGGUUUCUCAAAGAUGUUUUCAUCGCUAAAAUAUCUGUGGUUCACAAAAAAAUCCAUGGCAUUGUAUCAAGGACCAAAAUACUUUUAUUAUUACGAUCACAAGAAUGAAGAAUCAUUUGCCAAGACAAUGAUCCCCAACGCCAGUGUUGAAUUUGGUGUUAUUCAUGGAGAUGAGCUCAUCAGCUUAUUCAAUUGGUCUUCUGAGAUAACACCAGUUACCAAGGGUGUGGAUUUAAUUGUUUCUGAACAAAUGCUCGACUUGUGGACUAAUUUUGCUGCUAAUGGAGAUCCGAAUUAUAAAGAUAAGCGGAUUUGGGAUCCUGUCGAAUCAAGCGAUUUGAAUUAUUUGCAUAUACAAGGAGGAACGCUUCAAAUGAAGAAUGAGUUUAUGAAAGAAGAAUCUGAAUUUUUAGAAAAUAUUCUUGGUGAGAGCUGAAAGUCAUUUUUAAAUGUGGAUAUCAAUAAAAAAAAUACAACAAAGAAGCAAUGCUGGUUCAUUUUUGUUGAGGCGAACGAUGAACUAUAGUCUGUCCAACUUAAGAAGCAUAACGCUCUAACUGAAAAGUUUCUGUUUCGUAGCCAAAUAAUUUCAUAUUUAUUUGUCAACUUAGGAUGCAUCAAUACUCGAGACGAAAAUUUGAAACAAUUUUUUGAUCUAUUUACGUUCAUUUAGGCAAAAACCUUACAUAAUCUUGCAUAUUGCUUAAUUUUUUAUCUUUCUUCUACACUUCCCAAUCCAUCUAAUGGCUUUAAAAAUGAAAAAUGAUUUAGAAAUCUGUUUUACAUUUAUUUGCAAGUGGUGAAGUACCUUAAGUUUUCAAUAAAAACCAAAAUUAUUUGGCUGCAAAAUAGAAACUUUUCAGUUAGAGCGUUAUGCUUCUUACGUUGGACAGACUAUACCCAAUCGAUCAGAAUAAAAAUGAGUUUUUGAAAAGUAUGUUGGUAGGUAAUUGAAACCUACUUAUGUGGUAUUUCUUUCAUUUUAUGAAUGUCUAUUUAAGAAUGUCUAUUCGAUUUCCUGUGAAAAUAUAACUUUGUUGUUUUGUUUUUUGCAAAAAUGUAAAUUC